AUGUCACAUGCUAUCACCAUUGAUUUAAUCAUUAACAAUGUAACACUAAAAACAUGUCUACCAUCUCGUACAUCUAUUUACAAUCAAACUGGUCAAAUACUCGUUGGUGAAAAUUUACAAAAUUAUUAUUGGAAAUUUCGUCUAAAUAGACAACAUAGUACAGAUUUAUUCUUAGAUCAGCAGAAAAAACGACUCUAUGUAACAGAAACUGAUCGUGUAAUUAUGUUUGAUAUCAAUUUUCUGGAACAAGGUUUUUUUAUUCUUGGAGAAAGUAGUGAUCGAUGGCCAAAUUUAAAAGAAAUGCGCUCAUCCUUUAUCGAUUUCGAUGAUAACUUAAAUAAUAUAAUAAAAUAUACAAUUGAACGUGAAGUAACACUCUACAAUAACACAGUCAAUUCGUUUGAUAAUGAAACUGACAUCAGUCAGUGUGAAAUAGCAUCAGAUUCAACAUGGAUGCCUACUGGUGAAGUAAUUCUAGGUAAUACUGCGCUUGGAUGUGGUUCAGCUAAAGAACAACUCUGUUUACCAACUCAACUAUUUAUCACUUCUGACGAUAUUCUCUAUAUUCUUGAUUCUGGUAAUUUAAGAAUUCAAAAAUAUAAUCUAACUGAUAAGACAGUUAGCACAGCUAUUAGUCGUGGAUUGAUUUUUAAUCCGUUAAGUAUUUAUUUUGGUACAAUAACAACUACAAUAAAAAUGGAACGAUUCUAA